UAUGUGUUGGCCUCUGCUUUUGCAUUUGACGAACCAAGUGUUCCUGAGUUCAGAAUGGCGAACUCGGAGGCCGGAACAAGCAGCGACAACCCACUAGGAGUUCAAUAUCAGGUGUUUCUGAGUUUCAGAGGGCCCGACACUCGUUGCGGGUUCGCCAACACACUCUGCCACGGCAUGAACGAUGCCGGGAUCCGCGUUUUUAUGGAUGAUGAAGAGCUUCGACCUGGGGAAAGGAUCAGCGAAGAACUUCUGCGAGCAAUCGACAAAUCGAAGAGCUACAUGCCCAUCUUCUCUAAGAACUAUGCUUCGAGUCACUGGUGCCUCCGCGAGCUUGCGAAGAUGGUGGAGAACACCUCUGAAUCUAAAGAAGAUGGAAAUAAGAAGGUGAUAUUCCCCAUCUUUUAUAACGUGAAAACUGAUGAUGUGAAGUCGAACACGGGUUUGUACAGUAAGGCCAUAUCGGAGUUGGAGCAAAAGAUGGUGAAUCAGAAGAGGAAGGUCAGCACAGAGGAAGUAGAGAAGUGGAGACGGGCUCUCCAGAAAGUCGGUGGCAUCCAGGGAUGGGAGCUGGAGAAAUAUGAUGGCGAUGGGCAUCUAAGCGUGUCGGUUGUUGAAGAGGUUGUGAGGAAACUCCAUACAAGACAAAGAAAAGUGAUCGAAGAUUUAGUCGGAAUGGAGGAUCGAAUAGCAGCCAUGAACAAUUUAUUAGACAUGGACUCUGGUGAUGUGCGGCUCGUUGGAAUUUGGGGGAUGGGUGGCACGGGUAAAACAACACUUGCUCGAAUAAUCUUCAAUGAAUUAUGUCCUCGCUUUGGAAAAAACUGUAGCUUUCUUGCUGAUGUGAGGGAAACGGCAAAAACCAAGGGCUUAAACAAGCUACGAGAACAAUUAUUGUCUGAUUUAUCUUGUUCUAGAGGGGCUCGCAACAUUGUUGACACUGAAGACACAAUUUGCAGCAAGAAGGUACUGAUUGUUUUGGAUGAUAUCGAUGACAGCGACCAAAUCCGUGACCUAAUUGGAGUGAAGUCUUUGUGCUCUGGUACUAGGAUAAUCGUUACCACUAGGGAGAAAAAUGUUCUGAAUAUCAGGGGAUUUAAGUAUAAAAGCAUGCCCUAUGACAUGGAAGGGUUGAGCGACAAAGAUGCACUUCAACUUUUUAGUAGGCAUGCCUUUGAUGUUGACUCUCCUCCACCAGAUUACUUCACUCUUUCGAAAAAUAUUGUCUCUACUACCGGUGGACUACCUUUAGCUCUUCGAGCCAUAGGUAAAAUGCUUUUUUCGAUUAAAGAGAAAAAUAUAUGGGAAGAGAAGCUAGAGAAGUUAAGUAAAAUACCUCAUCAUGAUGUCUUGGGAAUGCUACAGAUUACCUAUGAUACCUUGGAAUGGGAUGAACAACAGAUAUUUCUCGACAUUGCAUGCCUUUUCAUCGAUUUUGAUAAGAUUAAUCCAAUCUACAUGUGGAAAGCUUGUGGGUUCAGUGCAAAUAGUGCUAUUACUGUCCUUAUUGACAGGAGCAUGAUAAAGGUUUUAGACAAUAAUACAUUUUGGAUGCAUGACCAAUUUAUAGAUCUUGGAAGGACAAUUAGUAGUCGAGAGUGCAGCAGGUUAUGGGCCCCAGAUGAUAUCAUUCGUGAAUUAAGAUCAACCGAGAUCAACACAAGCGUUCAAGCACUGUAUUGCAAAGACUUGUCAUUGAUGGGGGUUGAUAAGCAUAUAACUGUCACUUCGGAGCAAAUUAAACGGUUCCCAAGUCUUUGGCUGCUGCGAUUGGGAAACAUAACCUACCAAGGCGACUUUACGGGCUGUCUUUUCGAGUUGAAAUGGAUCAAUUUGGCUUACGAUUAUCGAUCAUCGUUUGCGGCAACCAAUUUGAAUCCAGAAAACGUGGUUGUGAUGGAAAUUUUUGGACAUGGGAUGAGUGAAGAUGCGGUCAUAAGCCUGGUCGAGGGUGCAAAGAAGCUGAAGGCUCUCACUCUUGAAAAUAUUCGGUCGCUACAUAGGACACCAACCUUUUCCCAAAACUCCGUUUUAGAGAAGUUGACUUUUCAUCACUGCGAAUAUUUGAAGGAAAUUGAUUUCUCUAUUGGGGAAUUGACGUCGCCGACUCACUUGAUUAUUUUUUCGAGUGAGGAACUUGAAAAAUUGCCCGAACAAAUUGGCAAACUAGAGAAUCUUCAGCACCUCUCUCUCUUGGGUUGCCAGAGAUUGAGGGAACUUCCCGACUCGGUUUCAAAAUUGAAGUCGUUGACGAAUCUGAAUGUAGCAUGCACGGGAAUUACAGGAUUACCGGAUUCCAUUGAUAGACUACAAAGCCUGUCAUCUCUCUAUCUAUAUUAUUGUCAUCAGAUCCAAGAGUUGCCGAAGCUCCCCGAGAGUUUGACCACUCUACUCUUUGAAUCGGAAUCGCUGCGGACUGUCCCCGACCUCUCAAACCUUACUAAUCUAGUUGAACUGCUCCUAUCUGAUGGCUCUGAAUUUAAUGGAAAAUCGAAUAUGAUUCGACCUUGCAACUUGCCGUGGAUUGGGGGGCUAUCCAAACCGAGGAAGCUGGACUUGUGCCUUCUAAACGUCCACACAACGUCUGCUGAUUGGGCUUCUCUUACUCUGCUGGAAGAACUUACUCUCAAAGGACUAGACUUGCAAAAGCUGGAACAACUUCCGUCAAACUUGAGAGUUCUAGAGCUGGAUAACACUCGAGUGGAGGAACUAGAACUCGAUGAGCUGCGUCGAUUGGAAGAGUUGACUAUCAGAGGGUGUGAGCCCGUCAAGAGAUUAUCCAUUCCAUCAAGUUUGAGAAAAUCGAGAGAUGCCGAGGUGUCUUCUUGCAACAAGCUAGUUGAAGUUCAACUUCUCGGUGUAUUAGAAUCGAUGGAGAACUUGCGUAUUAGCGAAUGCAAAUCUUUGGAGAGGUUGGUUUGUCUUUCGUCGUCGUUGGAGGAGGCAGGGUGGAAUGAGCUGCAAGCUCCCGAGUUGAGUGAUGGUGGGAGGAGAGUGUCCCUUUUCUCGAGCUCCCUAAGGAUGCUUCAAAGACUCAUCCCGAGCACGUGCCCAGAGCUACAUGAGAUUCAAUUUGUUUCAGCGUUGGAAUCAUUGAAAGCAUUUGUUGUUCGAGAGUGCAUUUCGUUAAAAAGGAUAGGCGGUUCGUCAAACUUGAAGAAUUUGGAAGAUUUAGAAUUUGGAGACUGCGAGAGCCUGCGGGUUGUGCGGGGCAUUAACGAGUUGGAGCGUUUGGGGCGGUUGCAAUUUUAUAGGUGCAGAUCAAUGGGAAAGAUUAUCGAUGCAUCAAGCUCAAAAAUACCAAAUGAGUGCUGGAUAGAUAUAGAGGAUUGUGGGGAGUUACCAGGCACUGGUCCGUCGGAUUCAACUAUCACUUGGAAGCGUUACAGAGAGAAGAUUCUUAAUGCAGUAACACAAGCGUCGGACUCAGGUCCAUCGGAACGGCAAGAUUAUGGUGACGAGGAUGAUGACAAGAAGGACGACGGCAAGGAUGACAACGAAGAGGACGAUGAGCAUGAGGACCAUGAAAAUGAUGACGGUGAGGAUGACGAGGUCAACAAUGUGCAUUCGUCUCGUGGGCCUUCGCCGGAUUCAUCCAUGGACGAUAAUGAUGAGAAUGAUGAUGUCGACAAGGAAUUCGAAGGUGAAGCUGACCGUAAUAGCUAUAGCAAGGACGACGAGGACGAUGACCAUGAUCAUAACGAGGAAAAAAAUGAACAUGAGGUUUUGCAGUUAUCUCAUGGGCCUCCACCGUUUUGUUUAAUGGGCGAUAACGAUGAGAAUAACGAUGUCAACGAGGAAGGCAAAGGCGACAGCAACGGUGACGAGGAAAGGAUAAGGAAGAGGACGAGGAAGAGGAAGAGAGGGACCAUGAAGAUGCCGAAGAGAAGCGACAAGGAAGACAAUGGCAAUGAAGAUGACGACUGA